AACAUCUUCCAGCAGUCACAAAAGUAGCUGGUUUUCUCUGGUUUUUCCUCGGGUUAUGUUCCAUCCCAACUCCCUCUUUGAAAACUGUGAAGUGAUGAGGAUUCCCUUCACACACUUUAAUCAGUGGUAUUUACACUGAGUCAGAUGAUUGUUUUUUUCCUAAUGUGAAAGUAGUUGUUUGCCAAAUCUACACACAUUGAUCACCAACACCAGAGGUUCUACUGAUGUAUGCAACAGUUUAGCAUCUUUUUGAUUUCUGCAGCUGUGGGGCGGUUUAGCCUUCCUGCUGCCAUCAACCUUGUUUCUAACCACAGCAGGCAGUUAGCUGCAGAAAUUAAAAGCCCAAAGUUAGCCACAAAGUUAGCAGUUACUAGCUCCUUUGUCAGAUCGGAAAAUCAGUAUGUGCUGCAAACAACACAAAGUGGGCAAAACAGAAGUAGGUUUCAUAAUUUAAUUCAGAGAAAAAAAAGGAUUUACCCACAAAAUGCAAGGACUGAAUAUGCAUUAUGUGCAAAAAACUUUCAGGCACUUCAGAAACUUGCACUGUUGUCCAUCGGGAAGGCUUGUGAUUGGUUCCAGCAGGCUGACGUGUCUUAAAUAACUGUCUUCAGUGAGGGGAAAGUUGCCUCCUGCAGCAGAUCUGUACUUUAAUGUGCAAAAAUGACAACAACACUGCCUGCCAACUACGUUAAAAAACCUGUGAAAAUGGUAUGAGGAGUUUAGUUCAGUUUUAAAUGCAAAGGAUGGUCACAUCAAAAAAGGAUUAUGAUUUUAAUUUUCAUUUUGUAUUAAAAGUAUUUUUUAAUCUUGAUUUCUAUUUAGCUGUCCUCUUCUUUUUAGUUCAUCUCUCCUCUUUCCCUCCUUGCUUUCCCCUGGGGAACUGAAAUUCCAGCAUCUUCCCUCCCUCUGUAAAGCUUCACCUCCUCCUUUCUCCUCCCACUCUCUUCCUCCCUCCACACCUCUCUCUCAUCUUCCACCAUUCCCUGCUUCAUCCUUCUAUCCUCACUCACUUGAACUCUGUUAGGUGUGCUGUGAAGUCCAGUGGAGCUUCUGCCUUUUACCUUCAAGAUGUCCUGGGCUCGAGUCUUUGUCCUGUCUGUUCUCACCACCCUCUUUGUCAUUACCUUUUUCAGCCUGGUGGAAGGUGCAGCAGUACGGGAUGACUCAAAAGCAUCAGAUGCUAAAGGUGCUGCACAGCAGGUUUUUAUGCCCGAGUCAGACGCCUCCAACUUUUUCAAACGCCGCAAUCGGCGCUCAGUGCGAUACUACGAGUUCCUAGCUGAGCAGAGGGUGAAAAGGGCAGCCGAUGAGCGCAGGAGGGAGUACAAUGAGGAACAAAGGAACGAAUAUGAGAACUAUGUUGAGGAGGACCGAGACGGUAAGACCUGA